AUGGCUUCUCUUUGGUUGAAGUUAAUCUCCUUGGGCCUUAUAUGCGUCAAUUGUAUUGCUAAACCAACUAUGAAUCUAGAAACUGAAUUCGAAUGCGUCUCUAUGUACGAACAAUCUGCACUACAACAUCCUCUAAUGAAGAAUCACCUAAUACAGACUAGACCAAGUCGAGAACUUUUAUCAAUGCUUUCUAGUUCCAAUGAUGACACAAUCACAAAGAUUGUUUUGAAGGGAUCAGAAGAAUGUCCUAAAGGACAAGUACCGAUUCACAAACCAAAAACCAACUUAACCAAUAAUAUUGUCCAUCCCCAACAAUUUACUAAAGCAGGCCGUCUCUUGAAACAAGCUCGUGGGAUUGAAAAGAGGAGAUAUAACAAACUACGUACCAAAAAAUUAAACUAUAAAUAUACAUAUUCCGCAACGUUUUCACAAAGAAACAAAAAGCCCCACAACCAGCCAAAAAUAUUUAGGGAGUACAAUCAACAUUAUGCAAUUCUCAGGACAUUUGAAAAUACGACAAAAAAAUGGCGUGGAGCACAGGCAUUGUUCACCAUUAACAAGCCGCGAGUGGCGCAAGAUCAAUAUAGUAAGGCUUGGAUUUGGCUUAAUUACAUACAAAUGAACGUAAUGACCAGCAUCCAGUUUGGUGUGGCUGUGCAUACAAAACUAUAUCAAGAUGACCGUCCAAGACUAACAACAUAUUGGAUGUCGGAAAAACAACAAGAUGGAUGUUACAAUGCGUUAUGCCCAGGCGGUUAUGUCCAAAUUCAUAAAUCAAUUUACCCUGGUAUGAUUUAUGAUAAAGUCAGUAUUCCAGGAGGGCAACAACACACUGUUCAUCUUUCUGUUGCCGAGGAUCCAGUGACCAAAAAUUGGGUAUUGACGAUAGGCACCAUAAUGAUAGGUUAUUGGCCACGUCAAACUUACAUGGCAGAUGGAGCUUCUGAAGUUUACUUUGGUGGAUUUGCAGGAACUUCAUUGCCUUAUACCCUGAGCCCACCAAUGGGAACUGGAGAUUUUCCGACAAAAGAUUUGACUCGGUCUUGCUAUAUGAAACAGCUUAGAUAUGUUCUCUCGGAUUAUACACUAGUGGAUAUUAAUUCAAACGAGGUCGAGUAUUACAUUGAUGAUCCUAAGUGUUAUGGUGUAAUGUUUCUUAAGUAUGUAGAUUUUGAUUCCAGAGAGACUCUUACGUUUGGAGGACCUGGUGGACAUUGUCGUCCUUCAUGA